AUGCGGGCUGUCCCCGCUCUGCAGCGAUGGCUCGGCUGCCAAAGCCACGCACCUCGAAGGGACGGAAACCCGUCUGCCUGCUCACCGCUCCCCGGCUCUGAGCCCCAGAGCAGCACGGAAAGCACACGCACAACCCCGCAGACCCCAGCCGAGGGGCCGCUUAAAGGCCCACAGCCCCCAGCCGAGGGGAAAAGCCAGCGUCCGCGCACCGCUCAUCCACCGCCCCGCCGGGACGGACGGCACGGGACGGGGCUGAAGCCCUCAGCAGCCCCCCGGGGCGCAGGGCGGAUGCGGACACGGCGGCGCUGCCAUUACCUGCUGCCGCCGGGAGGUCCCGGCCGCCCUCGGGACCGCCGCCUUCCUCAGCCCCCGGCCCGGCUGUACGGCAACGGAGCGAAGCGGCGGCCGCUCCCGCCGCCUGUCCUCAGCGAAGGGCCGCUACGCCGACACCCGCUAUGCCGAUACCCGCGGCCGCCGGCCCUGCCCCGCCCCGCCCCGCCCCGCCGUGGGCGGCCCCGCGCUCACCUCCCGCGCGGGCAGCGGGGCCGGCGGCAGCGCUUCCCUCCACCUCCCCCCCCCGGCCGCUCGUCCCGUCCCGCCGCCCCCCGCUGCUGCCGCCUCUCGCGAGACGCCGGCACGGGCAGCUCGGCGGGGCCGUGGCGCAGGCGCUGCUCCGCCCGUCGGCGGGGGGCCCGGCCCGGAGCGCGAUCGCGGCCGGACGUCGCUUCUGCCGUUCGGAGCCGCGGCGGCCCUCAGCCCCCACGGGGGCGGGGCUCGGGCAUCGCGGAACCGGCCGUUUUCCUGCUGGUUUAG